AUGGCUGAUCAUUGGUUGUAUUGGGAUAACGCACGGAGAGAAACAACGGCGACCAUUUCUGGUCUAUUGAAAAGGCGGCCUGUAAUUCAGCACCACGCGGCCCAAUUGAAAACGGCCGGAGAUCACUCAGCUUCGGAUUUAGCUUUUGCAUAUCGAGGAAAUAGAUCUCCUGCAUCAGGUCUUCCUGUGUAUUGGCAGCAGGCGGGUUACGGUUGUAUUCCUUGUUCGGCACUUCUUCGCAGAUCACCAUAUAACCCGCAAUACCGUUCGUUUGAGCCGUGCUGCCCGAAGGAUACGAGUAAAGGAAUCCGACAGAUGAAAGCUGCUUCGGAUUGGAGAAGGUAUAGCGUUGAUCCAGGGUACGGCCACCUUCAAGCCAUCAUGGCGCCCGGGGCGCUGGCGCAGCCCGACCCGGUUAUUGCAGCUAUGAUCAACCGGGUAGCUACAGACUCGUUGCUGAACAAUACCCGUCAUAUCUGUGGUACGCUUCCGGUAGUGGUGAACGGACGCCAGGACACGAUCUUCUCCCGCAGCUACGAUAUGCCGGGCAAUGAGCUGGCGUUUGCUUAUCUGAAAUCAAGGCUGCAACAAUAUGGGGUCCCUGUUGAUUCACUUGUGUUUGGCACCCGCGGCAAAAACCUGUUUGCUACGAUCAAGGGCACGAUGGACAGCACUAAGUUCAUCCUCAUCGGUGCUCAUUACGACAAUGUAGGAUCGCCCGUAGCACAAGGUGCUGAUGAUAAUGCCAGUGGCGUGGCCGCAGUAUUGGAAUGCCUGCGCAUCUGUGCCACUACCCCGAUGGCCUAUACUGUUGUUUUUGCCUUCUGGGACGAGGAGGAACUGGGCUCCCAGGGCAGCAGGGCUUACGUUACCACCAUACCCGGUAGCGGGCGCGAAUUGAUGGGCAGCAUCAAUAUGGACAUGAUCGCCUGGGAUGGCAACAGGGACAGCACCGCCGAAAUCCAUGUACGUAAUGUGCGCCAGUCGCCGCAAUGGGCGGCUAAGGCCGUGACUAUAAACCAGGACUAUAACAUUGGCCUGCGCCUCAACAUAAUCAGUCCCGGCAGCAGCGCUAUGGAUGCCACUUCCUUCUGGAAUGCCAAUCAGCCGGCCAUUGCUAUUAAUGAAGAUUAUGCCCAUGAUAUGAACCCCAACUGGCAUACCGUCAACGAUACAUUGGGCAACCUGAAUCUCCCCUACUUCACAAUGAUCACCAAGCUCUCGCUGGCUACCUUGCUGACGUAUGCACGACCUCAAUCUUCGGCCAUCGGUGAGAUCCCCGCUCCUGCGGUCAGGAUAUGGCCCAACCCGGAUCUGAGGAAUGUUGCUGCCUGCCUGGCCUUUAGACGCCAUUGGGCCUACGAUCAUGUAACGCUUGCUGAUCGUUUCGCAAGUGCAAGAGCGGCCAUAAAUGAUACGGUAGUACCUGUGAUAUUGAACGGAUUCAUACCAAACAGCAACUGGGAUGUUGCUACAGGCUGCAUAGUUACCAAUGAGAAGUUAUCAAAGGCCAGGUCAUUACCAUCACCGAUCAUGCUUUCGUCCAGCAAGAUUGCAAGGGCACCCGGAGUUACACCGAUACUAUGA